AUGGAAAAGAGAAAAUUGUUGUCUGAGCUCUUAGAUGCUGAUGAGACUCUGCUGGAUAGAGCAGAUGCCGAUAAUGGUGUGGAAGUUGGGCCCGAGGACGAAUUAGACACAGACGCACCAGAAGGUUACUGCACUGAUUGCAAAGACAUGCCUACCCAGAUCCGCUGCGAGACUUGUUCUGAGGACUUCUGCGGGAUUUGCUUUGCUUUGGUUCACAAGGGCAAAAGGAAAGAACACGUGAGUCACAAGGUGGAAAGCGGACUGGUGGAGCCAGGAAACGGCGGGGCUAGAGUGGAUGCCCAAGAGGAAGAUACAGACUUGGGAAUUGAUGCUGCAAAUCCUGUCCAAUCAGACCAUGAAAUCGAUGAGCGGAUUCUGCGAGGAAUGCGCAGAAACAUCCAGUACAUUCCGAUGAGACUAUCGGCGGAAGAGAGACAGCUGUUGCGUCUACUUGAGUCUGCUCUACACGUCUCUGAGUACACCGACCGUGUGGAUGUUUUGUCGUACAAGUCAAAAACAAGAAGACAAGUGGAGCAGCUGAGAGAAAUUUGUUCGAUCUUGGCAGGUUUGGUCGUUGCGUCGAAUUUGAAGGUUGGUCAGAGGCUAAUUGAGGAUAAGAACUUCGAAGACAACGCCGAAUGGUAUCAAAACGUGUUUGAAAUUGGAAGAAGAUAUAAGAUCAUGAACCCAGAAAGAAUGCGUGAUAGUUUUGGCAAGUUAUGCUACAUGGUGAUGGACUCACGACUUCCAGAGGUCCAAGAACACAUGGAAUUCGACCUCUACAAACCCAUAAAAACCAUCCAUUCGUUCCUAUCUUCGCGUGAUGACGGUGGAAAAGGUCUCAAGAUAUUUGAAGACCCGCUGGUUCUUUCUGCAACGGCAGAGAUCCGGGCUGAGGGCAAACCACGCCUUCAAAUCCGCAGAGAGAUCGGUGCUAAGGAGGCAGCCAUAGAGAAGAUCGCCAAUAAAUACUCGUGUGCUGCGGGAUUUACCAAAGAAGAAAUCCGCCAAGUUCUCUACUCAGUUGGCGAUUUUAAUGCAUACACUAAUGCCAAUAUGUUACCUGUGAUCCGGAUGUCCAAAUUGCUGGAGCUAUUUGAAGGUGAGACCGGAAAGCACUCGUUGGGAAUCCGGUUUGGUCGCGGUGGUGCAAGGCUGUCACAUGAGCAUGACCGCCAGAUUCAAUACGUGAGACAAUCGUUGAGUUUGUGGACACUCAUAAUGAAGGAGAUGAUCCAUCUCUGGUCUCUGGCAGAUGAUGACAUGUUCAGCAGUGGAAGAUACCAGUUGAUGUCCACUGGCCAGGGAUUGAACCGGGUAAAACCGUGUCCAUCUGUUUUGAGAACCAUGCACACGAUCUUGUCUGAAUGUCAGAAAAAGUGCAACGGCUGGGUCGGGUCCAGCGCCAUUCAUCUUGGUGAUCACACGGUGCCCAAUGCUCUUUUUUUUCUGGACAAGUACUUUCAGGUCCCUCGUAUUCUGAUUCCAGUGGAUCAAGCUUUACGUGCAAUUGAUGAGGUAACCAAAAAUGACCACUUUGUUGCAGAUUAUGUGAAUGCUCAGUUUGGUUCUUCCCAAGACCUCAAGAAAGAGAUCCUGGCUGAUUUCUUUCGCCAUGCCUUUGACGGUUCAGGUGGAGACAACUUCUAUGAUGCCGGAUCAUGUAUCGAUGGACGACUCACUAGUGCGUGGAAUUGGGCUAAUAAGAUUGGCCAGAAGGAAUACUAUAAGGUGUUUCUUCUGUCUGGGUUCAUUGGUUUCAACGGGCUAGAAGGUUUUUAA